CCUGAUAAUCAUGGAUUAUAGAAAGACCACAUCAUUAUUGAUGAAACUUUUUAGUUUAUUUAUGUCGGUGUAGGAGUAAAUACAUAAAGAUAUGUAUAUACUCAUAAGUCUACUAAGUCUACUGGGCUUUGCAGCAGCCGUAUCAGUCACAGAAGUUCAACGAAAUGAUGAUUUAAGAGAAGCAACAUAUGUUUUACCCACCACGACCUACCCUACAUUCUAUGACGUACAACUUUUUAUAGACCCAAGCAAUGUAAAUUAUUUCUUCGGCAACGUUUCAAUAAGAAUAAUUCCUAAUGUAGGAACAAAUGUAAUAGUCAUACAUGCUAUGGCUAUGGAAAUAGAUAGUAUUGAAGUGUACAGUGACAGAGAUGUGAAUUUAGCUGUAGAUCUCUUCUCAACAUAUACUUUAGCUGACGAUGAUACUCAUAUGCUAAGAAUCAGUCUUUCGAGGGUUAUAGGUGCGUUGGAACCACAUGUCGUCAAAAUAAAUUACAAAGCAGAGUACGCUGAGAAUAUGUUUGGAGUAUAUGUAUCUACUUAUGAAGAAGAUGGCGAAACAGUAAACCUGGUGACCUCUCAAUUGCAGCCGACGUUCGCACGCAGAGCGUUUCCUUGCUAUGACGAACCUCACUUGAAAGCAAUUUUUAGGACAACCAUUUAUGCCCCUGCGGCUUACGACGUCGUCCGAAGCAAUAUGCCCGAAAGGAAUGAGACUCUAAAGGAAGAUGUCUCCGGCUGGGUCAAGCAUGAAUUUGAAGAUACACUAGUCAUGUCCUCAUACCUUCUUGCUUACCUCGUCUCCAAUUUCCACUACAUCUCGAACGACGACAACCCUAUCUACCGCAUCCCCUUUAGAGUCUACUCCAGACCAGAAACCUUGGAGUCUGCUGAUUUCGCUUUAGAUUUUGGCCAGAAGAAUAUGAUCGCUCUUGAGAACUACACAGAGUUUGAAUUCGCCUUCCCUAAGAUUGACAAAGCCGCGGUGCCUGACUUUGCAGCUGGUGCCAUGGAGAACUGGGGUCUAGUUAUUUACAGAGAGGUAGCUCUUCUGGUCACCGACAACGUCACCACAACAGCCACCAAACAGAACAUCGGUAGAAUAAUCUGCCAUGAGAACACGCACAUGUGGUUUGGCAACGAAGUCGGUCCUCUUUCCUGGACUUACACCUGGCUGAAUGAAGGUUUUGCCAACUACUUCGAGAACUUUGGUACUGAUCUGGUCCUGCCAGACUGGCGAAUGAUGGACCAGUUCGUGAUCGCCAUGCAGAACGUGUUCCAAUCUGAUGCUGUACUAAGCGUAAAUCCGAUGACACAUCCAGUGUACUCUCCUUCUGAGAUCCUUGGCACCUUCAACGCUGUUGCUUAUCAAAAGUCUGGUUCCGUGAUCAGAAUGAUGGCUCACUUCCUGACUCCAGAGAUCUUCCGCCAGGGCCUCGUAAUCUACAUUCGCAAUAAGUCCCGUGAAGCUGCUCACCCAUCCGACCUAUACGCCGCUCUUCAGGAAGCCCUGGACCAAUCAAACCACACGAUCCGCUGGCCAGUAGCUACCAUCAUGGAGAGGUGGACAACCCAAGGUGGAUUCCCAGUCCUUGGCGUGACGAGGUCCAGCCCGAGCGCCAAUUCGCUUGUCAUAAGCCAGGAGCGCUACCUGACUGAUCGUAGCCAAACGUCCAACGACCGCUGGCACAUCCCAGUCAACUGGGUGCUGUCAUCCGAUCCAGACUUCUCUGACACUGCACCACAACACUGGAUACCCGUAACAUUGCCAGCUGAGUCUGUAAAUAUUCCCGGACUGGGUGAAGCUGAAUGGUACAUCAUUAACAAACAACAGACUGGUUACUACAGAGUGAACUAUGACGAAGCCAACUGGCGUACUUUAGCCGAUGUUCUGAACUCCAACCACGAGGCUAUCCACCUUCUCAACAGAGCUCAGAUUGUGGAUGAUGCCUUCAACCUCGCCAGGACUGGACGUCUUCAAUACAACCUCGCUUUCGACAUCUCCCGCUAUUUGAUAGACGAGGAAGAUUACAUACCAUGGGCAGCUGCUAACGCUGCCUUCUCCUACCUCGACGUAGCUCUCAGCGGGGCUCCAGCUGUUCACCGAUUGUUCCAGAACUACGUGCUAAACCUAACUGCACCAAUGUACGAGAGCUUGGGUUUCAUAGCUGGAGACGAGAAGCAUGUCACUCCUUAUUUCAGGAACAUCAUACUAAACUUCAACUGUCGGCUCGGCAACGAGCGCUGCACGAAUAGGGCCUCUGAAAUUCUGCAGGCUUAUAGAGAUAACCCUGUUGCCAACCCCAUCAACCCGGACAUCCAAACCACCAUCUACUGCUCCACCCUCCGCGGCGGUAGCCGGGAGAACUUCGACUAUCUUUGGGGCCUCUACCAGGCCACCUCUGAUUCUAGCCAGCAAUCCAUCCUGUUGAACGCUCUCGGUUGCACCAACAACGUGGAGGCUCGUGAUUUUUACCUCAAUCAAGUGAUCGCCGACAACAGUCCAGUGCGAGAGCAGGACAGACACACCAUCAUUGUCGCAGUCACGAACGCCAGCCCUGAAAACACUGAUGCCGCAUUGGACUUCAUCAUUGAGAACUUCCAUCUCAUUCAACCCAGAGUUCAAGGCCUAACAGGAACCACAAACAUUUUGAAUGCCUUCUCUAGGACUCUAACAACUCCUGCGCAUGAAACUAAAAUGCAAACCUUCAUCGAACGUCACAACGCAAACUUCACGGCUGGCGAACUAGCUUCCAUCGCCGCCAUUGAAGAAAAUCUUUCAGCAGCCAUAAACUGGAUGUCUUUGAACUUCGAAGACGUAGACAAUUGGCUCGACCAGAAUUAUGGUACAGGAAGCGGCGCAAUGACUCUAAAUUCCAGUCUAUUUAUUUGUAUAUCUAUGAUCUUAGCUCUUUUCUACCAUGAUUAUAAAAAAUAAGUAUAUUGUUUUUAACUAUCUAUGUAUUGCUAAUCUUUUUUACUGAUGAUGUGCGAUGAAUGAUGUUUACACUCCUGUAAUUACGUUUAACUUUUUUAUAAAUUUUGAUUAAGUCACAAUUCAUUACCGUACUUAUAUAAUGUUCAUACCAGGUAGUUAUUGAAUGAAAGAAAUUUAAGAGUUCUUGCAACAAAAUGUGAUACAGUUCUUGGAUUUUAUAAAUAAAUAUUAAGAGUAAUA